GCGGGGUCUCAGGCCAGAGGGCGUGCCCUGUUCUUCCGCGGCGUAAGAUGGCGCUACCCUUUGCGUGUUCGUUCUGUUUGUACCGCUGGGGAGCCAAACGAUUAGGGGUUGUUGCCGCCGAAGCCCGCAGAGGCGUCAGUUUCAGACUGGAAGAAAAAACCGCCCACAGCAGCCUGGCACUCUUCAAAGGUGACACAGGUGUCAGAUAUGGCAUGGUGGGAUUAGAACCCACCAAAUUGGCUCUGAAUGUAGAGCGCUUCCGGGAGUGGGCAGUGGUGCUGGCAGACACAGCCGUCACCAGUGGCAGACACUACUGGGAAGUGACAGUGAAGCGCUCCCAGCAAUUCCGGAUAGGAGUGGCAGAUAUGGACAUCUCUCGGGAUAGCUGCAUCGGUGUUGACGAUCGUUCCUGGGUGUUCACCUAUGCCCAGCGCAAGUGGCACACCAUGUUGGCCAACGAGAAAGCCCCUAUUGAGGGCAUUGGACAGCCAGAGAAGGUGGGCCUGCUCCUGGAGUACGAGGCCCAGAAGCUGAGCCUGGUGGAUGCGAGCCAGGUCACUGUGGUCCACACACUACAGACAGAUUUUCGGGGUCCAGUGGUGCCUGCCUUUGCCCUUUGGGAUGGAGAACUGCUGACCCACUCUGGGCUUGAAGUGCCUGAGGGCCUCUAGUAUCGCUGAA